GCGCACUCCUCAGCGGCCGCCGAGCCGAGCGGACGCCCCUCGGGGCAGCGCCGCAGCCCUCCGCGCCCAACCGCUUAUCAUGCCCGGGGCCCGGGCCCCGCAGCCGGAGCAGCCAGGACACCAUGCCGGAGGGCGAAGGUGGCGACUGCGGGGAGGUGCCCGCACUCAUUCCGGACAGCGAGCCGCUGCGGGAGGAGCAGCGGCCCCUGAAGCAGUCCCUAGGAGGCUCUCUGUGUCGAGAGUCUCACUGGAAGUGCCUGCUCCUCACACUGCUCAUCCAUGCCUGUGGGGCUGUGGUGGCCUGGUGUCGCCUGGCCACUGUGCCUCGCCUGGUCCUGGGGCCUGAGGCAGCCUUGGCUCGUGGGGCUGGUGGUCCACCACCCACCUACCCAGCCAGUCCCUGCUCUGAUGGCUACCUGUACAUCCCAUUGGCCUUCGUCUCCCUCCUCUACCUCCUCUACCUGGCAGAGUGCUGGCACUGUCAUGUGCGGUCAUGCCAGGCGCCUCGCACCGAUGCCAACACCGUGCUUGCCCUGAUCCACCGGCUGCAGCAGGCUCCGCCCUGUGUCUGGUGGAAGGCCACCAGCUAUCACUAUGUGCGCCGCACACGCCAGAUCACCCGCUACCGCAAUGGGGAUGCCUACACCACCACACAGGUCUACCAUGAAAGGGCGGACAGUCGCACAGCUCGGGGUGAGUUUGACUACACUGCACAUGGUGUCCGUGAUGUCUCCAAGGAGCUUGUGGGCCUGGCAGACCACGCAGCCACACGGCUGCGUUUCACCAAGUGCUUCAGCUUCGGCAGUGCUGAGGCCGAGGCCUCAUACCUCACGCAGAGGGCUCGCUUCUUCAGUGCCAACGAGGGCCUGGAUGAUUACCUGGAGGCCCGCGAGGGCAUGCAUCUGAAGGACGUGGACUUCCGAGAGUCCCUCAUGGUCUUCGCAGACCCCCGCAGCCCACCCUGGUACGCCCGAGCGUGGGUCUUCUGGCUGGUGUCCGCGGCCACACUGUCCUGGCCACUGCGCGUGGUGGCAGCCUAUGGGACAGCCCACGUACACUACCAGGUGGAGAAGCUUUUCGGUGCCAGCUCACCGCCCCCAGGGGCUGUGCCCAGCGGGCCACCACUCUCUCGAGUGGCCACCGUGGACUUCACAGAGCUUGAGUGGCACAUCUGCUCCAAUCGGCAACUGGUGCCCAGCUACUCGGAGGCUGUGGUCAUGGGUGCCAGCUCCGGGGCCUACCUGAGAGGCUGCCAGCGCUGCCGCCGCUCCGUCAGCAGCAACUCCCUGCCUCCUGCCCGGCCCAGUGGGCCUCGCCUGCCCUUCAGCCGCAGUCGCCUCUCACUGGGUGCUGGGGGCCGGGCCACCCCAGGGGUCUUCCGCAGCUUGAGUGGAGGUCCCUUGGGACGCAGAGGGGAGGACACUGAGCCUCUGGAAAGUCCUCCAUGCUAUGAGGAUGCCCUUUACUUCCCGGUGCUCAUUGUCCACGGGGACAGCGGCUGCCGGGGAGAUGGGCAGGGUGCACUCUGAGGUACUCGCCCCCUACAGCCUCAGAACACCCCUCUCUCCUCACCAUCUCACCAUGGGCUCGGAUGUCUGAAUAAUUCUCAAAAACAGGAAAGAAAACAGAUAGCCGUGCACAAGGGGCGGGAGUGGGGUGGGAUCCUUAGACACAGUUACUUGUGGUCCUUUGAGGGGGAAGUCAAUGCCACCUAAGUUGAGUCUGUGAUCUGUCCCCAGCAUGGCUCCCCCAACCAUCACCAUGCUCUCCUGUAAUAGCGGAUGAUGCUGGGCAGGGAGAGAGGCAUCCAGAGAGACUGGGAUGGGGAGGAGACCUGGGAGAAGCUGCCUGCCUCUCUGCCAUGGCUGAGCUACAUGGGGAGCCCUCCAGCAAUAUAGAAGCACAAACUGGUGGCCUGGGGCCAUGCACAGCAGGGAUGGCUGUCUGAAGCUGGACAGCUGGCUGUGGCCACCCCACAGCUUGGUCCCCUGCCCACCAGAGUUCUCUUCCUCCUUUGCUGCCCCCCUCUCAACUGCCCUCCAGCCUCUGCUCAGAGCAAGUGCCCUGUUUGUUCCCAGGCCCUAAGGUGCAGUUCCUUCACAAAGCCCAGUUCUCAGAGCACAGACUUACCCUAUUGCCCUGAUCUUGGUCUCCCUGAUUCUUGCUGCACCUUCACCACAUCCUGCUUCCCUUGUGAUCCAGGGUUCCCUAUUCCAAGCCUCAUCACAGCCAGUCCCAGCAUCCUAAAAUUCAUACCUGUCUCUGUCAGCCGCGCAAUACCCUAACCUUGUUUCUACCAUGCCCCCAGGUUUCUCUGCUCUUCACCUAUAGGUGAUCCACAGGAUGUAGGACCAUAGGGCAUCCACAGCCUUCUGGACAAUGCCUUUGCCUUGUCUUGAAAGCCCCUGCUUCUUCCGUCCAUGGAGCCUGUCCUGGGGACACCCUCUCUCCCUAGGGAGGACAGAAUAGUCCUUUCCCUUCCAACUGGGGAUUCCACCCCCUCUGAGGGGCUGGCGGGGUGGGGGUGGGGAGACAGAGAACAUUAAAUAAAGUUAUGAAACAGGAAAA